UGAGCCAACAGAAGAGAAGAAAAGAGAGAAAAAAUGGUGUCCUCCUCUUCCCUGCCCUUCCUUCUCCUCCUUUGCAUGGCGACUGCUUUAACCAUCAACGUCCAUGCUGAUCAAAUGGCUAUCUAUUGGGGAUCGCACAUGAAAAACUUGAACAACGCUGAUCUCAGGGCCACAUGCGAAACUAAACACUUCAGCCACGUGAGCUUGGCCUUCCUCACCAACUUCGGCAACGGCCGAACGCCGAGACUCGACUUCGGUACCGCUUGUGAUGCUGAGUCCGGCGGCUGCAAGAGCCUUCAGGAGGACAUUGCCGCCUGCCAACAACUCGGAGUGAAGGUGCUUCUCUCUAUUGGAGGGCUCGACGAGCAACAGUACACCUUGGCAUCGGCGCAGGAAGCCAACCAGCUGGCCGCCCACAUCUACGACGUCUACCUUAGCGGCAACGGCAUCGAUGGCCCCCUCGGCAAGGUGAAGCUCGAUGGCGUCGACUUCUACGUCAACGACGCCUCGACGCACGGCUACUGGGAUGUGCUGGCACAGGACCUGAAGCAACUGGACGAGGACAUGACCCUAACGGCAUCCCAAGGUUGUGACCACACCGCCGGCCAAGCAGACAUACCGCUCUACAACGCACUCAAGACGGAGCUGUUCAGCAAGAUGUGGCCACGCUUCUACGGCCAACCCUGCACCUACCACCCAAGGCAUACAGCAGCCUUUGAGGCGUCGUUGCAGAACUGGGCCACGGACUUCAGCAACAUGGACUUGUACUUGGGGAUCAUUGCCAACCCCGACACCGAGGAGCAACGCUUUAUCUCGCCUAGGGAGCUUCCAGGUGCACUGAAGAUCGCGCGUCAGCAUGAGAACUUCCAGGGGGUAAUGCUGUGGAACAGGUACUUGGACGUGAAGUUCCUUGAAGACGGCAACCGUGCACCCUACAGUGACCUCAUAUAUGGCAUCGUCAACCCCAGUAGCAAUAUGAGGAUGCGUGCUGGUUUCUAAGGCAGAAAAGUUUUGCUCUGCAUGUGCAAGGCUCCUACUGCCUAGCUAUCUAAAUAAAAUGCAGAAGCUUACAGGCUUCUGA